AUGGCCGAAUCUCUCGCGGCGCUUGGCGUUGCCGCCAACAUUGUCCAGUUCCUGGAACUUGGGUUCAAAGUCACGAAAUCCAUCAUUGAGACGUACCGCAACAUCGACACCGAAGGCUUGGCGGCACGGCAUGUCGACCUCAGCUCCAUAACCACCAGCCUCAAAGACCGAUGUACCCAACUUCAAAGCGAUGCCGGGGUACGAGCGGAUGCCAUCACGAUGGAGCUUUUGCGUCGCUGUAUCAAAAUAGCAAAUGAACUGCUCUCGCAGCUUGAGAGUCUCACGAUUGCCGCCGGGAAACGCGAUCCAAGAUGGGCGAAAUUUGUCGUUUCCGUCAAAGCCAACUGGAAGAAGAGCGCCAUCGAAGGUCUUCACUCCAGAAUGAUGGAUGUUAAAACUGAAAUCUUUGGGAGACUUGAAGGACUUAUCCAAAACACGCGUGUAUCGAUGUCAACUUCGGAAAUGAUGCUGUCCUUGGGUGAAGCAUCCGCAGCCUGGAACGAUGCCACAAGACGGCGACUGGACGCCAUGGCCAAGGAGCUUAGAGACCUGCUCCACUCGGGAUCAGAAGUCCAUUCUGUUCAGAUGCUCUCGUUCGCAGGCUCCUUGUCAAGGUUUGCAGACGAAUCUAAAAAGCAAGGUGCCAUCAGGGACAUCCUUUUGUCUCUCAAGUUCACCCAGAUCAAGGAGAGACAGAAUGAGAUCUUGCAAGCCCACAAGGACACGUUCGAAUGGAUGUUUGACGAAUCUUCCAGGGUCAACUUCUGCUCUUGGCUUGAAAAGCCUAGUGGUGGCGUCUUCUGGAUCACUGGCAAACCUGGCUCGGGGAAGUCCACGUUAAUGAAGCUCAUUCUGAACCAUCCCAAGACCCUUCCGCUGGCACGCAAAUGGUCUGGAUCAAAACCUUUGGUCAUCGCCCGUCACUUCUUCUGGAGUGUUGGAAGUCGGCUCCAGAGGUCUCAAGAGGGGUUGCUCAGGACGUUGCUGUUCCAAAUCUUGGUGCAUUCUUUGACGAGCUUCCACGCCGCGUUCUGCUCCUUGUUGAUGGGCUAG